ACGGGUGUCGACGUCGACGCGGCCUCGUCAGGCAAUCCUAUCUGGCCUCUCACACUGGGCACCUUCCGCAAUGACGAACACACGCGGGAGCAAUUCGGCCACUUCGGCGAGUACCACCAACUCGCAGGGAGUGCUUAUGGUCGGACCCAAUUUUAAGGUCGGCAAGAAAAUUGGAUGUGGAAAUUUCGGUGAACUGCGGCUCGGAAAAAACCUGUACAACAACGAGCACGUGGCAAUCAAGCUGGAACCGAUGAAAAGUAAAGCACCACAAUUACAUCUUGAGUAUCGAUUUUACAAAUUACUCGGGCAAGCAGAGGGUCUUCCACAAGUGCAUUACUUUGGACCAUGUGGAAAAUAUAAUGCAUUAGUUAUGGAAUUGCUUGGACAUUCACUUGAAGAUCUUUUUGAUUUAUGUGAUCGACAUUUCUCACUCAAAACAGUUGCCAUGGUGGCUAUGCAGUUGAUCCGAAGAAUCGAAUACGUGCACACAAAACACUUAAUCUACCGUGAUGUGAAACCGGAAAACUUUCUGAUCGGACGUUAUUCAACACGCAAACAGCAUGUUCUUCACAUCAUUGACUUUGGACUUGCAAAGGAGUACAUUGAUUGUGAUACGGGAAAACACAUCGCGUACAGGGAACACAAGUCGCUGACGGGUACUGCACGAUACAUGUCGAUUAAUACUCAUCUCGGCAAAGAGCAGUCACGACGAGAUGAUCUCGAAGCUCUCGGUCACAUGUUUAUGUACUUUUUGAGAGGAAGUCUUCCAUGGCAAGGUUUGAAAGCCGAUACACUGAAAGAACGAUAUCAAAAGAUUGGUGAUACGAAACGACAGACAGCUGUAGAAGUUUUGUGUGAAGGAUUCCCUGAUGAAUUUGCUCAAUAUCUUCGUUAUGCUCGUCGCCUUGAUUUCUUUGAGACUCCUGAUUAUGAUUUCUGCUAUAAUCUUUUCAAAUCUGUACUUGAUCGACUAGGUGCUACUUAUGACUACGAAUUUGACUGGACGCCAAAGCUCAACAAUGUUUCGACGCCUUCUGGUUCCCUUCAUACGUCAGAAUCGAAAGAUGUGAAAAGGACUGACCGUGGAGAGCUGAAAGUCAGUCAAGCAGCUGCUCAUGCUCAAUUUGGAUCUACUCAGGUGAUUAACUCGAAUGCCGGUGAAGUUGUUGAAGAGAGUCGAAAUACGGAAGGACGAACAGCUGCAGGAGACAAUUCAAGUGGAGAAGUGAAAUGCUGUUGCUUCAGGAGACGUCGGAGGAAGCACAACAAUGCGACCCCAGCUACACAAAAAUAGCACAAGCUAAACGGAUAGAUGCCAUUCCAUCUCAAUUAUCCCACCCCACUAUCCACAUUCUUCGUCCCCAUGCUCCCCCGCGCGCCUCGAAAAUACUUUCCCCGUCAUCAUUUCCGUAUCUGUGAUGAUUCAAAGUGUGUGCACCAAGACGACUUUCUUUCUUUGCUCUUCUUUUUUUUAUAAUUUUAUUCAUUCUUCUAUUUCAAGAAAGGUUGCUCCCCCGUCUUCAGGUACACAUUUGUUUAUUGUUUGUUUCUUUUCUAUUCAUUUUCGAUAAUUUUCUACUCCUCUUCUAGUUGCUCACACUGAUGCACAUCCGAUAUAGUUCGAAAUGGAGAAACUCUUCCUUCAGGAAUAGUAAUCGGAUUUGAAUUUUUACUCUUCCAAAUACAUUCAAUUAUUGCAUAUAUAUCUUUAAGUACCCCAAGCAUCCCCCCACUCGAAUUAAACCUAUCAAAGUGUUGUUUUCCAAAGAAAAAAAGCAAAAGAAACCGAUGUACGUUCCCACACCCACCCAAAAUCCACUCCAUUCUUCUUCUUCAAUUAUUUCAAUUUCAUCCUCAUCAUCAAUCGUUUUACCCCGGAUUCCCCCACCAGUUACUUUUUACCCAAUUCUUCCAUAUAUUUUAUAUACGUCUUCAAUUCUCAACCAAUAUAGCGUGGUGAAAAAACUUGUGAUUUUGCAUUAUUUAACUCUUUUUCUGUUCUUUCCUAUUUCCUUUUUCAUCAGUUUUUCCACACACACACACACACCUUUGGAAUUAAAAAAAAAACUUUUUUUUGCUCGCUCAUUCAAUAUUGCAGCUAAUUUUUUUUUUGUUUUUUCGUGUCUUCUCCAAUUCUCAACAAACACACAAAACUUCAAGAUUCAUAAUUUACUGGAUUUUUAUCGAUUUCUUAUGGUUUUUCUUUUCUUUUUUUCUCAGAUCCCCAAUUUUUGCCCCCAAAUUCCCCCCACAAACACCCUGACUUUUUCUCACCUAUCACUAUGAUUAUUUUAUUAUUAUAUAUUUUAUAUUAUUUAUGUGACAAAAAGAAUGAAUUCCAUCCAUGUGAA